AUGUUUAGCGUGUUCAUUUUUCUCGGUUCGGUAGCGCUUUUGAGCUUGAGCCAGGCUCAUGUGCCGACGCGUUUCUAUCUGCCACCGGCGGCAGGUGAAAGCUUUGCGACACCAGCUCCAAUCAUUACCAAACAGUUUUAUAGCGUAUCUGCAGCUGAGGAUUCGGAGGAGCUGCAGCCACGCACAAAGCACCUGCUAAUAGGACGUGCGAUGCGCAACUAUCGUGUGAUCUUCAUACGUGCACCCAGCGCUCAGAGCGAGGCUGUGAAGUACACGGCCGAACUGGCGCCGCAGGAGGAGCGCACGGUCAUCUAUGUGCUGAGUCGCAAACAGCCAGAGCUGGAGGCGCACGACAUUCAGACGCCCAGGCAGCAUCAGCAGUCGUCGUCAGACAAGCCGGAAGUCUUCUUCAUCAGGUACAAGACCAACGAGGAGGCGGCCGCCGCUCAGCGCGAAAUUCAAACGCAAUACGACCAACUGGGCGGCAAUACAGAGCUUGCGGCGCCUUAUGUGGCGCCAGUGCAAUCCGUAAUUGGCGCCCUAGAUGCAGCCAAGCAAGUUGCUGCUACUGAUGGCUACGACUAUCAGCGACCCACGGCGCGUUUUCUUUGAAGAUCGGCGGUGCUGCUGGCGUUUGGGUGGUGUCGAAUUAACGAUCGACCCAUGCGCACCACUAAGUAGCUUAUUAACAUUGCCGGGUAGCAGCAUUUGCAUAAAACUGAUAAGCGUUCAAAAUGUAGACAAUACCGAUUAAAAUAAAACCCCAAUAAUCCAAACAUAGAAACAACAACAGCAGCAACAGCCACAAAACUCGUCAUAAAACUUAGCGAA